AUGGGCUGGGACCCAGAAACCUCAACCCACUUGGAGCGUAGCCAGUCGCUCGACACUGACCUCGAAGCCCUAGUUGUCGACCGACGACGUCUUAUGUUCCAAUAUUCCAAUGCUCUACUUGCCAUCAAAAGCUACGCCGCGCCCACAAUCCCAGAACAGGUUGUUGGUAUGAACUACGCGAUAUGCAAACGGGAUGUGCAACAAUUGCAAAGCAUGGUGGAUGAUUUCCUGAUGCGACACCCGGUGCCGACCCCAGAGUAUACAGUUGAUGGCCUUCGAGCCGGUAAUGUCUACCUCAGAAGUCGUAUCGAGGUGGCUGCCCAUAUCGUCCGGUUGCGCCGGGAAUUGUUUGAGCAAAUCGGUUUACUACAGGGCAGUAGUAACGAUACUGGAGGAGUACAGCAUCGUCUUAAUGCCAGCCACCGUUCCUUUGAUUAUGGACAUGACGAUGAGGAUGAUGAUCAUCGUGGUCCGUCCAUUAAGAGGGCCCGUUCCUCCGACAUGGAAUAC